CGCGCGACAGCACCGAUCGGUGGUCGAAACCUGUCGCAACCCCACCGAGUUUUCUUGAUCAUAGAUCUUUGAUGAUACCAUAAAAAUGGCCAGUCAUCGUGCAGGCGCCCGGCUGUGGCAGUCAAUUGCUCGCAAUCCGUGUCUCUCACGGCGCUACUCGACCAAACCCCAGAAUCUCGAUAUUGAAUCCAUUCUAGCUACACCAAGCUGGUCUGUUCGGUCUCUGCUUCCAGAUAAAGCUGCAGAUAAAUCUACCACAUCUGUCACCUCGCAAAAAUUGCGCCAUCUACUGCGCUUAUCAGCUCUUCCCCAGCCAUCCAACCCAGAAGAAGAGCAGUCGAUGCUACGGACCCUCGGAUCACAAAUACACUUCGUGCAAGAGAUGCAGCGAGUUGAUACAACGGGAGUUGAGCCACUACGCAGUAUCCGAGACGAAAGUCCGGCCGCUAUGAAGGAAGUGACCAUUGGGCUUGAGCGGCUCAAAGAUGCUUUGGCCAAAGAGCGCGUGAGUGGGCGAAGACGGAGAGUUCAGCGUGUGCCCGGUGCAAGGAAUGGUCGCGCAGAAGACGCUAUCUGGAAUGGAAAUGCCCUUGAAUCCGCAUCCAAGAAGAAAGGGCCCUAUUUCGUUGUUGAGACGGGCAGCGGCCAACCUUCCUGAUCAUCUUGCUUCUUGUCCCGAGGCUCCCAAGCCUCAUGCUAUUGGGCCGAUGAUACAGUGCCGCCUGUUCAAUUUUUAUGUACUAUAUUACGCUAUACCCCGGGCAGCUAUUUCCCUGCCCUUUGUUAUUCCUUGGCAACGCAUUUGAAUAGAAGUCAUCCA